AUGAUCCCCGCCUCGUCAUUCCUCUCAUCCUCUCCUCCAUAUGGCAGGCCCGGCGCAUGCGCAACGACAGCGGGGGCGGGGCGCAGCGAGGCGGCGGGGUGUGACGGACGGCACGCAGUGUUUCUUCCCGGCGCGCCUCUCCAAGUACUUCCCCUUCGGCUCGCUGCUCGUCCUCAACUUCGCCCUCGUGCGUCCCGCUCCGCGCCCCCCUGCUCCCCUUCUUCCCACCUCUCGCUGUCUCCUUUCUUCCUUUUAUUUCCCGUCGCUUACUUCCUCCUCCGCUACCCCGUCCUUCUCAUCACUUUCUCCUGCCGCCACCCCUCUCCCGCCAUCCCUCGAUGUCGCCUCGUGCGUCUGCCCGUGUGGUGCGCGCAGGUGUUGGCGUCGUGCGCGGGGGACGCGGCGAGUCGCAAGACGGCGAUCACGGUGGCGCUCAUCUGGUGUCUGCUCGCCUCCACGCUCCUCGCCUUCCUCAAGCGCCUCCCGCCCAACUCGCCGCGGUACGGCGGCGCGAGGGUGCUGCGAACGGCGACGGCGGACUUUGUGCUGAUGUGCGACGCGCACGUGGUGGGGCACGCCGCCAUCUCCGCCGUCGCGUUCACGUCGCUCGGCUUCUUCACCGAGUCCGUCCGCCAGCCGCUCUUCCCAGGCGUGGAGCCGCUGUGGUUCCUGGCGGCGCAGUACGUGCUGCUGCUCUUCGCGUGCCUGCUCACGCUCGUAGUCGUCGACGCCACGCCCGGCCUCACCACCAUCCCCUUCCCCUUCGCGCUCCCCGCCUCCCCGCCGCGCAAUCACCUCUGUGCGCACGCGUGCCCCGCGCACCACGCCUGCCUGCCAUCGCGCCUACCCGCCCAUCCGCGCUCCACCGACCUUCGCUCGUCUGGCGGAUCCGCGCUGUUCGCCGCCAGUGCCGCCGCUGCUGCCGGCGGGAAAAGCCGUGCAGAGGGGCGGAGGAGAGCGAGGGAAGGAAGCGGCGGGGAAGAUGUGCGGAGGAAUGAGGGCGCGGGAAUAGAAGACGAGCAGCGGAGUGUGGGGGCUGUAAGGCCGGCUGCCAGAGAAUCAGGGGGUAGACAAGAGAGAGGGGCGGAGGACACAGUUGCGCCUGGCGGAGACAAGUCAGCGGAGGGAGCUGCGGACGUUGGUAGUGGGGGGUUGGCGGAACCGAAGAGCGGUGCGGAAAAGCAAGAAGCGGAGCCGGGAUAUCGGGAUGUGCGGGGUGCCAGCGAGGGAAAGGAGAUGGAAAAGGCAGCAGAACGGGCUGAGCCGGAGGCACGUGCGAGCAGACGUGGGGAGGGCGCAGGGGCGGAAGAAACAGACACCAAAGCAGGAGAGUCGGAAGCAGCAGAAGCGGAAGCAGCCGAGGCGGAAGCAGCAGAAGCGGAAGCAGCUGAAGCGAAAGCAGCAGAAGCGGAAGCAGCACAGGCGGAAGCAGCACAGGCGGAAGCAGCACAGGCGGAAGCAGCAAGGCGGAAGCAGCACAGGCGGAAGCAGCACAGGCGGAAGCAGCACGGCGGAAGGAGACUAGAGGGGAGGAGGCGGGGGGAGGAGGAGGGAGUGCGGGAGGAGAUGACGCGGCGGCUGGUGGUGGCUCGCUUCCACAGCCUCGUCAGCCACGUCAAGACCGCCGCCACCGCCCUCUGCACGCCCUCGCCGCCCAGGGGCGCGCAUCACCCGCCAGCAUGGGCAGUCCGCAAGAGGGUGGCGCGGGGGGGCGGAGGUGGGGAGCGGGGAGGGGCGGAGGCGGAGUAUGAGGAGGCGGUGCAGCAGGUGGGGCGCAUGGUGGGCGCCAUGGCGGGCAUGGGCCUGCAAGACCACGUGGCAGCCUGGCUUGCUUGUGAUGCGCACCUCCCCGCGCUCCUCUCUGCCACCCGCCCCCCAUCCCCCCCUCGCCCUCGCCCUCGCACUCCCCUGCCCUCCCUUCCCCACACCCCUCCCCCCCUGGUCCCCCCUAUUUCGCCUCCCCAGCAUCCGCCAGCCUCUUCCCGCCGCCCCUGGCCGCCUUCAUCCCCCCAGUGCUGCUCCCCGCCCUGCGCCUCCUCCCCCCUCCCCCCCCCCCCGCCUCCCCCCGCGCCUCCUGUUCCUCCGCCUUUGGCUUCCCCCCCUCGCCUGCGUCCCCCCGACCCCUGA